AUAAUCCUUAUUAAAAGUAACCUUUUGAAAAGAAAGAGUUUACUGUUAUCCUCUUAGCAUCUUUAGUUAAAGCCUCUCGUCUUCUUCAUUGAGCUUUUCUUGAAUUUAGUCCACGCAUGCUACCUGUUUGUUGAAUUGCUUCAAUGGCUUUCUCUUCCCCUUCCUUCCUCAAAUGCCAUCCAUGGACUCAAUCUCAAAAUCCACCAAACCCCUUUUCAUUACCCCCUCCAUUUCAUCCUCCUAAACCCAUUUCUCUCCCAUUUUCAUCUCGCCACGUGCGUGUUUCUUCAGUUUCUUCAACUGUUUUACCUUCUAAAGCAAAAGAACUCUUGGAAGAUUUCACUCCAAAGCAAUUUCUCGACACCCUUCGUCAAGAAAAUGAUGAAACUUCAGCUUUUCAUCUCUUUAAAUGGGCUUCUAAGCAACCCCAUUUUACACCCACUUUGUCUAUAUACGAGGAGAUUCUUAGGAAGCUUGGAAAUGUGGGAUCUUUUGAUUUAAUGAAGGGGGUUUUGGAUGAUAUGAAGAAAUUGAAGGUUGAAUUAGUUGAAGGUACUUUCUUUAUUUUUAUUGAAAGUUAUGCAAAAUUUGUGUUAUAUAAUGAAGCUAUUAAGGUUCUUGAUAUGAUGUGGAAUGAGUUUGGUGUAAAGCCUGGUAUUUUUAGUUAUAAUUCGUUGUUGAAUGUUCUUGUUGAUGGGAAUAAGUUGAAAUUUGUUGAACAUGUGCAUAGUAGAAUGUUGGAUGAAGGUGUAAAGGCGGAUGUAUCGACUUUUAAUAUAUUGAUAAAAGCUUUAUGUAAGACACAUCAAAUUAGGCCUGCUAUUUUGAUGAUGGAGGAAAUGCCUGUGCACGGUUUGGUACCGGAUGAAAGGACUUUUACGACGAUAAUGCAAGGUUAUAUCGAGGAAGGGAAUUUAGAUGGUGCAUUGAGAAUUAGGGAUCAAAUGGUGUCAGCUAAAUGUCUUGCAAGUAAUAUUACUGUUAACCUUUUGAUUCAUGGGUACUGUAAAGAAGGAAGGAUUGAUGAAGCUCUAAACUUUGUUCAAGAUAUGUGUAGUCGAGGGUUUUCUCCGGACAAAUUUACGUUCAACACUUUGAUAAACGGUUUAUGCAAAGCAGGGCAUGCUGUCCAAGCCUUGGAUAUUUUGGAUUUAAUGUUGCAGGAUGGGUUUGAUCCUGAUGUAUAUACGUAUAAUAUUUUGAUUUCUGGACUUUGUGAAGUUGGUGAAGUCCAAGAAGCUAUUGAACUUCUCAAUCAGAUGCUUGUAAGGGACUGUACACCUAAUACAGUCACUUAUAACACCAUUAUUAGCGCUUUGUGCAAGGAGAAUCAAGUCCAAGAAGCUACGGAGUUUGUUCGUGUUCUUACGAGCAAGGGAUUCUUACCUGAUGUUUGCACUUUCAAUUCUCUCAUACAAGGUCUUUGCUUCACCGGCAAUUUCAAUGUUGCAAUGGAAAUGUUUGAAGAAAUGAAGAACAAAGGUUGCCAGCCAGACGAAUUCACGUAUAAUAUCCUAAUUGAUUGUCUCUGUGCCAAAAGGAGAAUAGUUGAAGCUAUGAACCUACUCAAAGAUAUGGAAUCGAGUGGCUGUGCAAGAAGUGUGAUAACAUACAAUACUUUGAUAGAUGGCUUCUGCAAAGAUAAGAAAAUUGAAGAAGCAGAAGAGAUCUUCGACCAGAUGGAGCUACAAGGGGUUUCUAGAAACCUGGUCACGUAUAACACACUGAUUGAUGGUCUUUGUAAGAGUAAGAGAGUAGAAGAUGCUGCUCAGCUUAUGGACCAGAUGAUACUGGAAGGACUAAAGCCUGACAAAUUCACGUACAAUUCCAUUCUCGCUCAUUUCUGCAGAGCAGGUGAUAUAAAAAAGGCAGCAGACAUUGUUCAAACAAUGACAUCAAAUGGCUGUGAACCAGACAUCGUUACGUAUGGGACCUUAAUACAGGGACUAUGUAAAGCAGGUAGGGUUGAGAUUGCAAGCAAGCUCCUCAGGAGUAUUCAAAUGAAAGGAAUGACUUUGACCCCUCAGGCCUAUAAUCCUGUAAUUCAAGCAAUCUUCAGACGGAGGAGAACUAAUGAAGCUGUAAGACUCUUCAGAGAAAUGCAGGAAACGGCUAAUCCUCCUGAUGCUUUAUCUUAUAAGAUUGUUUUCCGUGGUCUCUCUUCUGGUGGUGGACCAAUUCAAGAAGCUGUUGAUUUUUCUGUUGAGAUGAUGGAAAAAGGACACAUACCUGAAUUCUCCUCAUUCUACAAUCUGGCUGAAGGACUGUAUUCUUUGUCGAGGGAGGAGACGCUAGUUCAGCUUGUUGGCAUGAUCAUGAAGAAAGCAAACUUCUCAGACAGUGAAGUUACUAUGAUUAAAGGUUUCCUGAAAAUCCGGAAAUUCCAAGAUGCACUGGCUACUCUUGGCAGUGUCCUAAAUAGCAGAAACCCAAAAAGGACAUACUGGGGAUAAAGAAAUUAUCCAAAGUAGAGGUCCCACAAACUAAGGAAUCAAACUGUAUCAGUUGCUUGCUAUGAUAGUAAUCAGUGUCUAAAUUUGUCCACUCAGUUUGAUAAUGGUUUCCUAUUUUGGCCAUCUCCAAAAUAAUCUCUUUAAUGAGUUACAACCCAAAGAAUGUGGACAUUUCCCAGCUUCAUACAGUUCUAGAAUACAGUUCUCUAGAAGGCUUAAGUAAUGUAUUCAUAUAUUGUUGCUGAUCUCUGCUCUUAGAUACAUGCCACAUAGAAUUCUAACUGUAUCAAAGCCAUCUUACUAAGUUAAUGUCUGAAAUAUUGGUUUCUCUUGAUCAGCUUGA